CCGGAGAAACUACUAUUCGCUUCUACAGAGGUGUUUCUCGCAGGUGUAUCCUGAUCAGCCUGUUGUUAAAAUCACAGAGAAGGAGUGAACGGACAGAACUGAAACUCAGUUCUUUGACCUCAUCCUGCACUUCUGAAUGUGAGGGGCAAGGCAUUUCACGUGAUAUGGAGAACCACAAGAAAGAGACCUGAUAAGAAAAAUAGAAAGCAGGACAUGUUGAACAUCGCCAUCUGGAAGCUCAUUGUACUCAUGGAGAGAGAGAGGAAUUAAAAGCAAAUCAUGCCCCCAUCAGCUAGCACAAACCUGGGCUACACCCCUCCCGAUGGAGGCUGGGGGUGGGCCGUGGUGUUCGGAUCUUUCAUCUCCAUCGGCUUCUCUUAUGCCUUUCCCAAGUCUCUCACCAUCUACUUCAAAGAAAUCCAGGAGUAUUUCUCCAUCUCCUACAGUGAGAUAGCCUGGGUCUCCUCCAUCAUGCUGGCUACCAUGUAUGCAGGAGGACCUGUGAGCAGCAUUUUGGUCAAUCGCUAUGGUAGCCGCCCAGUGGUGAUUGCUGGUGGGCUAAUGGUUGGGCUUGCUAUGGUAACGGCUUCUUUUGGCACUACCAUUUUGCAUUUGUAUUUAUGCGUGGGAGUUAUUGGAGGCUUUGGCUUAGCUUUUAACCUUCAACCAGCUCUUACGAUAAUCGGCAAAUACUUCCUUGUGAAAAGGCCAAUAGCAAAUGGCUUGGCAAUGGCGGGGAGUCCAGUCUUCCUUUCCACCCUGGCACCCCUCAACCAAUUUCUCUUUGAUCAUUUUGGAUGGCGAGGAAGCUUCCUCAUCCUCGGAGGAGUGCUGCUCAACUGCUGCGUAGCUGGAGCACUUAUGCGACCCAUCAAGAUAAAAAUAAAACCGCCAGUGAGCCAAACCACUGAUGACAAAGACACAGCGGAGCUGGACGUCAACCCUCAGAUAGCUGGACAAGACAAGUCCAUGCAGUCAGGCUGUGCCGCAAAGGUCAACCAGUUCAUUGAUGUAUCCCUCUUCAAGCACAGAGGCUUCCUGAUCUAUCUGGUGGGAAAUGUGCUCAUGUUUUUUGGAUUUUUUGCCCCAGUGGUCUUCCUGGCUCCAUAUGCCAAGCAUCAGGGGAUAGACGAGUACUCCGCAGCAUUCCUGCUCUCCAUAUUUGCUCUAGUGGACAUGUUCGCACGUCCAGGAACGGGUCUGGUAGCCAACACCAGAUGGAUCAGGCCCAAGAUCCAGUAUUUCUUCAGCUUCGCUGUGAUAUAUAAUGGCCUGUGCCAUCUGAUGUGUCCGCUCUUACCAGGUUACAUAGGCCUGGUGGUGUACGCUGUGUUUUUUGGCCUGGCUUUUGGGAUGGUGUGUGCUCUUCUUUUCGAGGUACUCAUGGAUCUGGUGGGAGCUCAACGGUUCUCCAGUGCGGUUGGGCUCGCUACCAUUAUCGAGUGUGGGCCUGUCCUGUUGGGACCACCCCUCUCUGGUUUACUGGUUGACAUCUUCAUGGACUAUAAAUACAUGUACUUUGCUUGUGGUGUGAUGAUGCUGGCUGGAGGUAUCUUCCUCCUCAUCAUGAACUAUUACAACUACAGAUGGUUGGAAAAGGAAAAGAAACAGAGAAAGGUAGAAGAGCUACAGAUUGGCUCAGCCAAAGAGCUUGCUGCCAUGGAGGAGGCCAAAGACGAUGAGGAAGAGGUCAAACUCAGCACAGAGGAGAAAACCGCGGACUCAACCUGCUAAGAGCCCUGAAUACUUUUGUUAGAAUGAAACUCUAACCUGCUUGUCUGUCUCUCUAUCUAUCUAUAUAUCUAUUAGGGGUGUAACGAUACCCUCAUGUCACGAUUCGAUACAUAUCAUUCGAUACAACUCACAAUGCAAUGUUAUUGCGAUACUCCAAGACAUAUGGUAAAAGGAUAACAAAAAAUGUACUGUUGAUUAAAAUACUAAAUUUGGUAUUACAUUGGGAGUGAAAAUGAAUAGGCUUGGACUUGGUGCUGGUAACCCAAUGCAGAGGAUGACGGUGACACCAGAAUAAAAAUAAUAAUGAUUCUAACGCUGAAAUGCUUUAGAUGAAUAUGUUUGCACUCUGUCACUGACUAUUUACUGGUAUCACAAGACAUUUGGCAUUAUCAGGACCCACAAAUAUUUCCUCCAUUGCAUUAUUUUACAUUUUAUUCAACAUUAUAUACAGUAGUUCAAUGUAGUACUGAUACUAAAACUCUGUAAACUUGGAUUUUUUCUCACUCAUAAUUUUCAUUUUGGGUGAGCUAAAUAUAAUACAUGUUGCAUUUUUGUAUUGCAAUAUAUUGUUACACCCCUACUAUCUAUCUAUCUAUCUAUCUAUCUAUCUAUCUAUCUAUCUAUCUAUCUAUCUAUCUAUCUAAUGUCGCUAUCAACCACACAGGAUCAAGCAUUUCUCAAAGUUGCAUUAUUAUAAACAAGUUUUUGUUAAUGUUUUUGUAAUUUAUGAUCUUUUGUUUUAUUUUUAAAGUUUUCUUUCUAUAUUAUUACAUCAAUAAAUUAUAAAACAGGUAGGGCUGUGCCUAAACCUGUGUCUGCUCAUA